GGGAGUGAGAGCAAAUGUGGAUAGCACUGAUGAGUAAUUCUGGCAAAUCAGGCAGCUCGUCAGACAAGAGAGAGAGACAUUUGUCGUUUUCGUUUAUUCUGAGCCACCUCAAAAUAUCCUGUGUUCAUGCAGAGGCAGCUGACGAACAUGAAUAUCAACUCUUCAGAACAACCAAAUCCCUGGCUGAACAAUGGCAGCUCUCUGACCCUCAGACCUUCAGGUAUAGGGAUGUCCUGCUUCAUUAUGACAUUUGGUGCCAUCUCCAGCCUCACGGCUCUGGGCAUCUUGGCUAAGUCCCAUGUCAGAUUUCGCCACCAAUCAAAAGCACCAUUUCUGCUGUUAAUAGUGGCUUUGCUAUCUUCUGACCUGGGAGGUCAUGUGAUCCUCGGUGCUUUUGCUCUGUAUUUGCACAGGGAUCAGAGGUAUACACUGCAAGCUGACAAGCCCACCACAUUCUGUCAGAUCUUUGGGAUGAGUAUGGUGUUUUUUGGCUUGUGCCCUUUGCUGUUGGGCUGUGCGAUGGCAGUGGAGCGCUGUGUGGCCAUCACCCAGCCCUUUUCACAUGCUGCUAUGUUCACAGUGACUCAUGUGCAGCGUGUUGUGUUAAUUCUUUCUUCAGUUGCAUUCAUCCUGGCAAUUCUGCCUUUAUUUUCCUUGGGCACCUAUACAAUCCAGUUUCCCAGAACAUGGUGUUUCCUAAAUAUCCAUAGACCACAGUCUGCAGCGGAUACCUUUCUGAUCUUGGCCUUUUCAUGUCUUGGUCUCACUGCACUGACUCUUUCCCUGUUGUGCAAUAUCCUGAGUGGCCUGGUAUUACUGCAAGCCAGAUUUUGCUCCCACGGUGUAAAUAAAACUCACUGCACCAGUCGUUCACCGUCCACAUCAACUUCCUCUUUGUUUUGCUCGUUGGAUCUGGAGAUGAUGGCCCAACUGGCAGUUAUCACUGUGGUUUCCUGUGUGUGCUGGAGUCCCUUUCUUAUCCACAUUCUUGUGAUGCAGAUCAACCAAAGCCCCUCAAGUGAUUCGCAAGAUGGGUUUACUCUUCUGAGCUUACGUAUGGCAUCCUGGAAUCAAAUCCUGGACCCUUGGGUUUAUAUCUUACUUAGGAGAGCUGUGCUUUUCAAUUGUGCAAAACUGUUUAAUCCAACCACAAAAGCUGGCAAAAACGAAGCUCAUGCUUUCCCUCAUUCAACUGCGCACUUUCAUCUCACUGUAGUUCCCUCUUCUCAUAUGACAGCAAGCAGCCCUACUGUCACUAAACUCAACAAAAUGCAGCAGCCAGGCUCCUCAUAAGCCCUGUCUAGAUUGCAUAUCUCUCACAUCCUUGCCUCCCUCCACUGGCUCCCCAUCAAAUUCAGAAUUGACUUCAAAUUAGUACUCAUAACGGAUAAGGCCCUCCAUGCUCCUCUCAUCUCAUCAGAGAACUCCUCCAACCAUACUCGACCUUCAGACAACUUAGAUCAUCACCCAUAAGCCUUCUUACCGUUCCAUACACUCCUAAAAUCGAAAAGUGACACUCAGUGUCAAAGCUCAGUUGCUUUGGAACGGACUCCCACUCCUUGUAAGAGCACACAUUAACCUUAACAUUAUUUGUUUUUAUGAACUCUGCAACACUUUCUAAUUGUGGGUUUAAAAAUUAUAUAAAUAAAUAAAGCUGUAUUUACUAUUAUUUACUUGCUCACUUUUCAGUCUGUUGUGCUUUCUACACUAGCUGCAAAGAGUGCAGAUAUUCAGUGUAGAAUGACCCUGUUGCUUUUGGUAUCAAGCAUGUAGGAGAACCUGUGGCAGCAGCGGUCAGUUAUCAUUAAAACUCAAAUGGCGUUUUGUUUGUCCAUUAAAUAUAUGGACCCACUAAUGAUUUAAAUAUAAAUGGCUCAACAACAAUUCAUACAUUCAUGUGAUUGUACACAGAAAAUAUCAGUAAAAUUAUUUCAGAUUGCAUCUCUGCCAAAUGGAAAUAUCUUUACCAUAAUCGUAUCCACUAGACAUGAAAGUACCUGAUGACAUGCUGCUGUAACAUUUUUUUAUUAUUAUUAAAUAUUGACAAAUGUUAAACAGUGUGAAAUUAACAAAUAGAUAACAUGUAUACAAAAUACAAAUAAAAUAAGUUAAACCCUAUUAAGCAGAUGAAAGAAGAAGCGAGGGGACAUAAGAAAACAAAAUAUGUAUUUAUAAAUACAUUUUGAA